AUGACCUUGAACUUUGAAGAAUUGUUGUAUAUGUCAUACUUAUACAUCAAAAGUUUUAUAGAGCAUGGAUAUGCACAAUGUAGUAUAGAAAAAUUUCAAUGUAAAAAUGGACAGUGUAUAGCAAGUGAAUUAUUAUGUGAUGGACGAGCUGACUGUAGAGAUAUGUCCGAUGAAACAUUUACAGAGUGUAGUAAACCUGAAAUCACAUGUCCAGAUUAUGCAUUUCGUUGUUCAUAUGGUGCAUGUGUGGAUGGAGAUGCUACUUGUAAUGGGAUAAAAGACUGCAUUGACAAUAGUGAUGAAACAUUAUCUAGAUGUACAGGCACCUUAUACAAUGCAACUACAUUAUGUGCAAAGAAUCAGUUUAAAUGCAAUAAUGGACAAUGCAUUGCUGAAAGUGGUUUAUGCGAUGGUAUAGCAGACUGUACCGAUUAUUCAGAUGAAACAUUCAAUCAGUGUGGCUCACUCAUCUGCCCACAACUCUUUUUUCGCUGUCAUUAUGGUGCCUGUAUUGAUGGUGAUUUAAAGUGCAAUGGAGUUAAAAAUUGUGCAGAUGGUUCAGAUGAAGAUCCUAAAUUAUGCAGAGAUAUUGCAUCAACAAGUGACACUGAUACCUCAUUUUUUACUACUACUACUACAACACGUACUCCACCUAUUAUAACAACUAUUUCUGCACCUACAUCUUGUGUUGUGCCACAGCAACCAAAAAAUGGUUAUUGGAAAUUACACAAAUCACUAUGUUGUACUGAACAAUAUGGUCAACCAUGUGAACAUUGUGAUGUGCUACAAGGUAUACAGUUACCACCAGGAGCAUAUUUAGUAUACAAAUGCAAUCCUGGGUAUAGGUUAAGCGGAUCUAGUGAUGUGUUUUGUAGUCGAAGUGGAAAAUGGUCAAGAAUACCAGUUUGUACAGAAAUACGCUGUGAGGGAUUAGAGUCAGUUUCAACACUUGCUGAGUGCACUUACGAAAAUGGAUAUAUUUCAUGUAUAAAUUCUGUUCCACCUCAAACAAGAGCCAUAUUAUCAUGUCGUCCUAGUUACAACCGAGAUACGACAUUAUUUUCAAGAUCUGAAGUUACGUGUAAUAAAAACGGUACAUGGGAACCAGUUCCAAUGCAAUGCAUUCCAGUAUGUGGUGUUCAACGUCCAGACACUACACCUCUUAUAGUACAUGGAACACAACCCAAAAUUAGUGAAUUUCCAUGGCAUGCUACGCUCUAUAGAGCGAACAAUGCUACAGCACCAAAAGAAUUUAUUUGUGGUGCAACUAUUAUUCAUGAAAGCCUUCUAGUUACAGCAGCACAUUGUGUCUAUGAUGACAAUACUAAACAAUUAAGUGAUCCUUCAUUGUAUUAUGUAGCUACAGGCAAUAUUUAUAGAGAUUAUGAUUCAAUUGCUCAUGAUAAAUCAGUAGUGAAAAAGGCAAAGGUAAAAAAUAUGUACAUGGUUUGUACUUAUUUUGGAUUCGAAGGAAAUUAUGCUGGAGACAUAGCUAUAUUGGAAAUUACAGAACCAUUUACAUUUUCAUCUGUAUUAGUACCUAUAUGUUUAGACAUCAAUAAUCGUAUUAUAUUAGACUCGGGAAGUUAUGGAAAAGUUGCAGGAUUUGGAAGAACUGCUUUAGGGUCAUCUAGUUAUAUUUUACAAUCAAUUACAGUGCCAUAUGUACCAUUCAAUCAAUGUAAAUCAUCAAGUACAGUUUAUGAAACAGAAAAAUAUAUCACAGAUGACAAGUUUUGUGCAGGGUACACAAAUGGUUCAUCAGUUUGUGAUGGUGAUAGUGGUGGCGGAUUAGUUUUUUAUAAAUAUGGAUUGUGGUAUUUAAAAGGUAUUGUUAGUGUUAGCCUUGGUACAAAAAAUGUGGGAGGAGUUAGAAUUUGUGAUAGUUAUUCAUAUUCUUUAUACACUCGAGUUUCCAAUCACUUGUCAUGGAUUCAAGAUAUAAUUUUUAAAUUCAAAGCACAGAAACCAAUAUCUUCAUGUCGUGUGAUAUAA